AAUAUGGCUUAACAAUCAGUUGAUUUGAAGUCAAAAGUAGACGAAUCUGUAAAAGGAGAUGAAGUCAACGAACCAUAACAAGAGAAGGAAUCCAAUUAAAAUUAGGACAAUAAAUAGGAGAACAAAGAGACAGAAUCUAAUGAAAAGAAAAAUGGAGGAGGAUAAUUCUAAUCUUUAUUUAAAAACCAUGAAAAUAAUUUAUUUGCCAAUUUGGGAGCAUCAAUAAAUUCAAGUGGAGGUUUAUUUGGUUCAACUAAACCAAGCACAGGAUUGUUUGCAGUUCUAAAUCAAUAAGAGCCAAAUAAUAAUGGGAUUGAUUUGACUAAACCAGGGCCGUCUUUAUUUGGCAUUGAUUAUAAAAUUCCUAAGUCAGAUGAAAGUGAUGGUGGGGAGGAUGCAGGUAUUUUCAUUUAGCAUAAUAAUUUAGGAGCAGAAGAUGAAUAAAAACCAGAUGAUGAAGAACCAAAAUAAAUCGAAAUGAAAUAUGACUAUUCAGCAUUGACUGAGCAAUUACUUGUGGCUGAAAUCGAGAAGUUUCGAAAAAAUGCCAAUGAUGUUAUAGAAAAAGGGACUGUUGCCUUGGAAAAGGCUAAGGAGAAGGAAACAUUUUACUUUAUCUAUAGGUAUUCAUUAUCAAUAUAAACAGGAAUCAAAUUCAAUAGAUAUUAUAUACAGGAUAAUUAUUUAAAGGAAUUUCAGAAGUGAAACCCUUGGGAUCCAAAUAGGAAAACAUUAUUAUAAGGGCAAUCAGUACAAAGCAGGUUUAAUCCUAAAAUGAAAAAGAUUCUAUAUAAGUCGACACUCUUAAGGUCAUGUUUAAAGAUAAAGAGAAAGUAGAUUUAUUUAAGGAAAAAAUGUAAAAUAUGUUUAAUUGA